UUGAAACUGCGCCAUGCAGCCGCCACAGAAAGAUUACAUGGGCUUUGACGAUGACAGUGACGAGGAGACAGACUUGCAAGGGCGCUCUUGCUGCGGUGCGGCCUAUGAAGAAACAGACCAGACGCAGACUCGCUUCUCAAACAUAGGUUUGAUUGGCGAAACGAGUCACGACGGCGCGGAGCACGUCACGGACGAGGUCUUCAACGCGGCGUCGCAUCUUUUCGGGGGCCUGCUCUCAGUGCUGGGUUCAACCAUCCUCAUUACUGGGGCAGCAGCGAAGUCCAAUCCAUGGGGGGUGGUAUCGUUUUCGAUCUAUGGAGCUUCGCUGAUGUUUUUGUUCUUUGCCAGUUUUGCGCAUCAUGGAAUCAAAGGUUCCAAGCGACUGAUGGAUGUACUGCGAACUCUGGACUAUGUGGCAAUCUAUUUCCUCAUUCCAGGGACAAUGAUGCCAGUGUGCUUCGUGUGUCUGCACGACUCUUGGAUCGGCUGGGUCUUUUUCGGCACCAGCUUCGGCCUGGCCAUGGUGGGCGUGUGGUUCCAAGCUGCUUGCCCCUUGGAAUUUCCCAUGUGGGCCAGCAUGACAAUGUAUGUAACGCUCGGGUGGUUCGGGCUGUUCCUUUCUAUUCCCGCCUAUCACUGCAUUCAAUUUGGAGGAGCACUGCUGCUUCUCUUUGGGGGUAUCGCUUACACCCUGGGUGGUCUGAUCUUCACCCUACAGCGUCCGAAUCCAAUUCCUGGGAAAUUUGGCUUCCAUGAGAUAUGGCACGUCUUUGUCCUGAUGGGAGCUGCUUUCCACUAUUGUACACUCUUUUUCUACGUCUUCCCAACAAUGGAAGACGCACCCGUCCGAAGUGCCAGUUGAGUCAGUUGACCGAGAGGUGAGGGUUGACCGAGAGUCGCGUGCAGAGUCGACAAAGUCCUUCUCACGGUGCCACCAGGGCCCUCCACAAAACUGCGUCUAAUGCCUCCAUCGAAAA